UCGUAAACAUUAUUAAAGCUAACAAUAAGUGCUUAGCUAAUUUGAUGUAGUACAAAUUAUAAUCAAUAUUUAAUAAAAAUUGGUUCAAGAAUUGAUUUAGAAUUGUGUCCCAAAAUGUCUUCUCGAAAAUUUUACUCCGAAAGGACGUUUCGGUUAAGUGAAGUAAUUGUAGAUGUCAACAAUAAUAAAUGCGUCACGCGUCAAUUAUUUCUGUUCCAAGGCGAAAGUUAGUUUACGAUGCGCGUUUACGCUAUCGAGUUUAUGAAUGAACCAAGAUAUACAUAUAUAUUAUGUACACUUAUACAUGUACAUUGUGUUAUGUGUUAUCUUGUAGAUAAGUAAUGAUUAGUCAUCGUCGAUUGACUUGUUAGUCAUUGAUCGAGCUUCGCGUUUAACCUCAUGAUCUUUAUUUAUCUCUAUUCUGUCGCCUGUUGCAAUUAGUAUAAUAAUAUUAAAAUGGUGAAAUUGCGUGAAUUACGUCAGACCAGAGAGAGUUUACCAUUGCGGAGACAAUUUGCGAGCAAUAUAAGUGUAGACAGAUUUUCUGAGCGUAGUCUUCAUGGUCUUCAUUCGAACGAACGAACAUUUCGGACCGUAUGCAAUGAUUGCAUGGCCAGGGUGCCGUACGCAACUCUCAUAGCGACUAUAAUGUGUUGCUUAGGUGUUGGAAUCUUCUGUGGUACCAUGUACAGAGGUGCAACAUUGUGUUCUCUUAUGAUGGAUCAGGUGUUUCAUCUGCGUCUCGGAUGGUUAGAAGCAGUGCAAUUGGUGUUUGCAUCGAUUGGAGCUUGUAUGGCAGCUUUAGGAUUUAUGAUUUUGUGCGUCGGUUGUCUUGCAACUGGUGCUACGAGGCACAAAGUCUACCGAGCUUGGAGAUCCAGAGUGGGUGGACGUAUCUCUUGUGCUGUCUUUAUGACUAUCAUUUAUAUCUUGCAAAUAGCUUGGCUUCUGAUAUUUGCAUUUCUUAUAAUCAUAACUCUGAUUUUCACUAUAUUCUGGGGCCUGUGCAGCAAUCCACGUGUUCAAUCUCUCGAUGAGUGCAUUAAUUUCACCCAAUUCAGCUUCUUAUUUCCAAACAACACACGAGUGCAGGACAUGCAAGUGUGUGGACCUCAGGAGGUCAAACUAUUCUGCAAGGAUUUUGUAGAAAAGGCCGAAGUGAUGUUUAUACUGGCAACUGUAGCAUCCAUACUGGUUAUACUAAGCCUAAUACACUAUCUGAUGUGUUUAUCUGCCAACUACGCACACAUACGAGAUCAUGAGAAGUUCCAGGAGCUGCAGGAAUUGCAAUAUUUGCAAGACGCGAUCGAUCCGGACUCUCCUCAACCAGGAAUGGGUACUCUGGGUUCUCAUCGUAGUCAAGAUAGGUUCUAGGACACGGCCCGCGAGAUCUUCGUCAUGAAUCCUUUGUAAGGGGCUUACUGUUCUCUAGGACAUGUAAGGAACCCUUAUGCCUGAUUGGAAAUCUCUUCCAGGUAUCACUUCCUCUUCUCUAUGUACCUAAAUUCGGUAUUCUGCUUAUUGCGGUGUAUCUGUCACCGUUACGGUAGUCUACUGAUCCGAGGAUCUUGCGGGAACCAACUCUAUGCCGUCCAUUUUAUCUACGACUGUCGUAUAUAAAUAUUUACUUUGUUUUUUAUAUAAAAAAAAAGAUGUUUAUUAGAAUACGUACCAAUUUGUAGUACGUAAUAUUUUUCUCUUUAGCGUGGAUUGUUCGAAUUCAAAUGGGAAUCAUUCGCCGAAUUUCAAUCUAGCAUGUAAAUUAUACGUGUACGAUAAUAUCAUUACGUAAACUCGUACUCAUAGGAAAAAGUAUUUGAAAUUUGGCGUUUGUGAUUAUAGCGCACAGAGAUUUUUUUCUUCGAUUGUAUUGUUAUAUUUCGUUUCGUGUAUGCACAAAUGCGCUUCAUGUAAUUUGUCUAAUAGUAUCACAAGUAUUAAGCUGAUAUUACGUUUAUAUGACAAGAUAUUUGUUAGAUUCGAUAGGCUAUCAGAGAGAUAAAGAAUUCUUACAAUUAAAUAAAAAAUUUAAAAAUUCUUUAUUCGAUAUCUAAUCGCUGUUCAACAAACUUGUCAUAUAACCUAAUAUCACCCUUACAAAGAAGUAUUCACGAUUUCAAAUUACUCUAAUAUUUCGGUUUUAGGGUUAGUCAUUCUCGGACUGUGUAUACCGCGCCUAUUGUCUUCAUUAUUGAGAUUUUUUUACGAAAGAGAUUUCUUUUUUUAUAUACGUAUAUAUACA